UACCUAUACGUCACACCUAACCAUCUAAAAUCUAAAUUUACCUAUAUAUUUAUCGACUUGGUACUUACGUAUUAUUACGCACGUUCAAAGUUAACGAACACGUAUAUACGAAGAUACAAGAAUUCACCUGUGCGGCCAUCAAUAUGGGUUCGACAGACGUCACGGCUAGAGUCAGUGCGUUUGGCGACAAAUGGGUGUCAUUGACGUGUGACAGUGAAUGGUUCGACAUCGACAGUGGCCGGGUGCGUUGCCAGUACACGGUGGCCGAUUACAUGGCCGCGGUGGACGGGGCAGCGGUGAUCGUCGUACCGGCCGCGUUCCAUUACGCUUCGCAGAUGGUAGCGCACGUCGUCUUGCCAGGCGGAGGCCGCGGACACGCCGAGAUAACCGUCCGCCGGUGGGCCGUCCGGUGUACUCGACCGUACCGGUUCGCGUACGUCGAUGGCCGCCACUACGAUGUGAUGGGCAUCAGCGACGCGUUCACGUUCGUCCACUGCAGCGGUGGACCGUGCGACUGCGGGGCCGAUUUCCGAAUGGAACAGCCGACGGCCGUCGUGCAGGCCAAUGACCAUCUUACGGCCGACCACACGAUGAGCGCGUUCGUUUCGGCAUUGAUGGACACCCGGUCCAGCGCCUGUUCACACUGUCCGGUCUGCAAUGUGCCGUCCAAUCAUCGACAAGUGUUGGAGUACUUGACUACAAACAUCGAUCGGUUAUCUGACAUUCAUUCGAGCAUCGACAAGGAUCGCAUCAAGCAAACUGAAUUUCUGAACUACUGUACUUCGUUAUUGGAGUACCAACAUAUUAAAACAAAAAUGUUGAAUCAGGAAACGGAAAACUGUCGACGGUUUACGGACGAUUUAGUAUCAAGUCUGUUGAAAUACCGCAAAGCUAUUUUCAAGACUGGCAUCCAUACGAUUUACGUAAAGAUGGACGAAACUUCCGAAAGUGAACCUUCAGCAAAUGAAUAUUUUAUGGACUCAAUUAUUAAUUCACAAAAACAAACGAUUGUGAAGUUGACGUCAAUAUACAAAGAAAUAACCAUUAUGAUGAAUACGAUGCAGUUGUUUGCAAAAGUAUUAUAA